AUGACGACGAAGGAAGAACAGGCUAUUGUCAACAGGCUCCAGGCGAACUGGGUCUGGUCGCCGGACUGGGUCGAUUCUUCCACAGGCAACACGGUCGGCAGGAUAGCAGUCUUCACCCGCCGAUUCGUCGCGGACUCCAAGCCCAGCAAAUCAUUGCUGCAGCUUUCGGCAGACACGCGGUACAAACUCACAGUGAACGGAACGCGAGUCGCAGUAGGGCCCGCGAGAGGAAGUCCGUUGAUAUGGUACUACGACACGAUUGACAUUGCGCCGUUUGCGCAAGCGGGAGAGAAUGAGAUCAAGAUUGAGGUCCUCCGCUGUUUCUCCUCGUCACGGGGCGCCAUGCCGUUUGGAAGAACUGCGAUACCCGGCUUGACGGUCGUGGGGUCUGUGCAAGCCGGCGACCACUCCAUCGAGCUCGACUCGGCCCAGGGCUGGGAGGUACAAACUGAUGACAGCAUUCUCUUCCCAAUGGGCCUCAUUGAUGACAACUUCUUACACAUUUACGAAAGAGCUUCUCCACAAGCCCUCGGGAUACUCGCGACGCCAAAGGCGUACAACAUCAAGACGCUGAAUGGCGAGCUGGCCCCCUGGCGCCUGCGCGCACGAUCGAUACCCAUGCCGACACAAGAGGCUAUCAAUGUCAAUACCGUUCGUUUCUGCCAGAGCACUCUUCCUGUCGACGAGUGGACUCGCUCUCUUUCGGGGGCGCAUCCACUGACUCUGCCGGGGGCAAGUCGACAUGUGCUUGAGCUGCAGGCUGACCUCCACUCAACCGCCUUCGUACGCUGGACGUUCAGAGCGGCAUCACGGUCUCGAGUUAAGCUGAAAGCAACAUACUCGGAAGGAUACGAGCUCGAGCCUCGUGCAUACCCAUUCUUCCGCACCAAGGCCGAUCGCUUGGAUGCAACGGCUGGUCGAAUCAUAGGACCAUACGAUGAGGCGGUGUUGGACAUUUCGGCAGACAGCCAGGUUAACUAUGAACCCUUUUGGUUCCGUACGUUCCGCGUCUUCCGUCUUGAGGUGGACGUCGGUCCCGAAGCGGUCGAGUUUGUGUCCUUUGACGCGACGCAGACGCAUUACCCACUGGAAGUGAAGGGCAGCUGGUCCGAUCACAGCGACCCGCAAGGCACGCAGAUGUGGGAUGUCUCUAUACGAACCAUGCGUAACUGCAUGUUCGACGGAUACUCGGACUGCCCAUUCUACGAACAGCUCCAAUAUUCGGGAGACACCCGCGCAGUCGGUGUGUUCCACUACUUGAUCUCCGGCGACGACAGGCUCAUGCGGCAGGCCAUCACGACAUUUGCCUCGUCCGUCACAGCAGAAGGCCUGACGCAAUCCCGUUUUCCGUCCCACGUACCACAAAUCAUCGCGGCAUUCCCUCUGCUAUGGAUCCUUCAAGUCUGCGAUCACCAUAUCUACUUUGGCGACACAGCCUACGCGCGCAGUUUCAUACCACGCAUUGACGGCGUCCUUGACUUCUUCGACCGCCAUGUCGACGACUUAGGUCUCGUCAGUGGCCUCCCGGAAGACGUCUGGCAGUAUGUCGACUGGGUGACCACUUGGGGCGCCACGGACGACCACCCGGACAAGGGCGUCCCGACAUCCGGCCGCACGUCAAACCGCCACACCUACUUCAGCAUGCUCUAUGCCCUCGUGCUACGAAACGCAGCGAGCCUCCUCCGUGACGUUGGCAGGCCAGGCAACGCAACUGAGUACGAGGCUCGGGCCUCGAAUCUCACCGAGGCAGUCCGAAAGCACUGCUACGACGGCCGCUUCUUCACCGACUCAACCGCCGACGUGGCCGACGAACUGGCGUACUCCCAGCACUGCCAGGUCUUCGCCGUACUGUCGGGAGCUGCAGAGGAGCAUGAAAACGCUCGGAUCCUGCAAGAAUCGUUUGCGGACACAAGGUUCUCCAAGUGUUCCUACAUGAUGCAGUUUUACGCUCUGCGGGCCUUUUCACUGGCGGGCGACGAAGCGUACGAGACGUACUACAGGCACGUGUGGGCGCCAUGGCGGAAGAUGCUAGCCGCGAACCUGACGACCUGGGAAGAGGACGACGUGCGGCAGCGAUCUGAUUGCCAUGCCUGGGGCAGUGUCCCGCUGUAUGAGUUCUGCACCGAGGUGGCGGGUGUGCGGCCGCUUGCGCCGGGCUGCGCGAAGGUACUCUUCAAGCCUCGGGUACGGUUGAGUGAGAGGAUCGACGCUACCGUGGCCCUUGGCGGCGAGAACGUGGCCAGAGUGUCAUGGAGGAACGGAACCGAAGGUGAGCGGUUUGUUGAGCUCACUUUAGAGAAGCCAACCGUGGUGGUGAGUCAGCUGCCUGAUGGUGACGAGGUGAACCACGGUACGGUCCAACACCUGCAUUUGUUGGUUGAGUAG